GAAUCAUAAAAAGAGAUCGCACAUUCAAACAAGUAACUAGGAGCGUUCUGCAGCCGCAAAAUCCCCAAGCCGAGGCUUUGCACAAAAAUGAUUUUGCCCUUCUGGCGUGCACAGGCGAUUUCAAGUUGGCAGCAUCGCGGGGCAGAUGGAAGGGUGCGUUGCCUACCUUAUCUAACCGAGUAAUCUCAUCACCGCCAAGGAAUUACCCUCACUGCCUCGAAGCAAGCAUGGUGUUUUCAACAUCUUACCCGUCGCAUGUCCAAAGGAUACUCGACCUCCGAGAACCGCGACCCAAAAACCAGCCAUACUCAGUCGCACUCCCAGGUACAAGCCAACCUGGCCGCUCGAAUGUGUAUAGGCAUUGGCAAUUUGUGGAUGGAUUGCUGGAAACCAUUGGCCCGGAUGUAUUGACUGCUCACGACAUGUUCGAGGCGACUGCGAAAAGCAGUCCAAAAUCCGACUAUCUGGGCCGCCGGCCAUACGACCCCGUUCGGCGAUGCCAUCUUCCAUGGGAGUGGCUUAGUUUCAAAACCGUUCAAGAGCGCAAAAACGACAUUGGCAAGGGCCUGGUAGAAGUUCACGAGCAGGUCGGCAAGGUCGGAAAACAGUUUGGCGUUGGGCUGUGGUGCGAAAACCGACCUGAAUGGUCAAUUGUCGAUCUCGCAUGCAUGUCGCAGUCACUUUUCAGUGUCUCGUUGUACGAUACGCUGGGCCCUGGCGCAUCAGAGUACAUUAUUCGUCACGCCGACUUGACGUGCGUCGUCACUUCUCACAGCCAUGUUCCAGCGUUGAUCGCUCUCAAGCCGAAUUUGCCUGAGCUCAAGUGUCUGGUGAUACUGGACAAUGUUCAGCCUCAGUCAGACAAUCAAGACUCUCCGUCGCGAAACCGAUUGUUGAUAUCCAUCACGGAAGCUCUGAAGCUGGACCUUCAGAUCUAUUCGCUUCAAGAAAUUGAACAAUUGGGCGCAGUCUCUUCCAAACCAUUGCGACCUCCACAGCCAGAUGACAUAGCCACCAUCAACUACACCUCGGGAACCACCGGGGCGCCCAAAGGCGUCGUCUUGACACACAAGGGCUCAGUCGCAGCGACAGUUGGCGCUCUCUUUGAUGCGGGACUGCCCGGGAACGAUGUCAUGAUCUCCUAUCUGCCAUUAGCUCAUGUCUAUGGCCGACUUUUGGAACAUGUUGGCGCUUUCAGCGGGACCAAGAUGGGAUAUUUCAGUGGCGACAUUUCCAAUCUCGUAGACGGUCUGCAGUCUCUCCGGCCGACCGUGUUUCCAUCAGUUCCGAGGAUUUACAAUCGGUUCGGUAGCACCCUCAAGUCGAACACAGUCGAAGCUUCCGGGAUUCGAGGGGCUGUGAGCAGGUACAUUGUGGCAACCAAACUGACGAACCUCGAGAACGCAGAAGCUCCUACCAAUAAGCACCCGCUUCAUGAUAGGAUCUGGGGCCGGCAGACCAUGGCUGCACUUGGCCUCGACCGCGCACACACAAUGAUAACGGGUUCCGCCCCACUGGACCCAGCAUUGCACAAGUUCUUGAGUGUUGUGAGUGGAUCUAGCGUUGUACAGGGGUAUGGAAUGACCGAGACGUACGCUUCUGCAUUGGCACAAAAUCGGGCUGAUGCCAGCACAGGGCACUGCGGUGGUCUCGUGCCAUCGACAGAAGCCUGCUUGCUCUCCGUGCCUGAGAUGGGCUAUACCAUCGAGGAUGUCCCAUGCCCGCGUGGUGAACUCCUGCUGAGGGGACCAAACUUGUUCAAGGAGUAUCUGAAGAACCCAGAGCAAACAGCGGAAAGCUUCACCGAAGAUGGAUGGUUCUGCACGGGCGAUAUCGCAUCAAUCGAUGACAUGGGUCGCUUCACCAUUGUCGACCGUCGCAAAAACCUUCUUAAACUCGCUCAAGGCGAGUACGUAUCACCCGAGCGCCUCGAAGGCAUCUAUCUAUCCGGCUGCAGAUACAUUGCACAGGCCUUUGUUCAUGGUGACAGCCUACAGGCCUUCACCGUCGGCAUGUUUGGCGUAGACCCCGAGCUCUUUGCCGCUCUUGCAUCACAGGUUCUCGGCCGCGUGGUUCCAUCGUCGGACUUGUCAGCCGUCAGAGGGGCUUGUGGUGACGCCGCAGUGCGUGCUCGGGUGUUCCAGGAUCUCGAGGCCUUAGGCAAGGCCAACAAGUUUGCGAGUUACGAGCGCGUCAAGAACUUUGACCUAUCCAUCGAACCGUUCUCAGUAGGCAACGAAACCCUUACGCCGACUCUUAAACUUCAGCGAAAGAAAGUCGGAGACUUGUAUCGAGACCGGCUCUCGGAAUUGUAUGCCCAAAUCUUGGAGGGUCGAGAAGAUCACACCACAGCUCAACCUAUAUCCAAGCUGUAAGAUGAAAUUGAAAAUGUUGACUGUACUCUCGUGUGCUAGAGACACUUGAAGUUGGGAUAAUUAAAAGAUGAGAAGACGAGAGAAGGAUGUCCAGCACUCUCAAUUUUUAUAAUUGGG